AUGCCAAGUUAUUUGAAUUUUCUUGAAUCGGAAAACCAACGCUUGAAAGAGCAGUCAGCUUCCUCGGCCAACGCGACCGAAGCCGACCAUGAUGCCGAGCCAGAGCCGGUGCCACCUGCAGACGCGCCGGACGAGAGCAAUACCAGUGUGCGCAAUCCCUUGAUCGGCGACCGUGCAUGGUUUCACCGCUACGAUCCAUCUACACCUCCACUUUUCAUAGGGGAAGCGGCCUGUACAGCAUUUGCGACCCGCUUUCGCCGAUUUCUGACGGGGAACAAUGCCUUGCCUCAUAUCCCUCGGACGCAGUAUGUCAAGGAAGAGCAGAUCGCAGAGGCCAGUGCUACCAAUGUCCAAUGGCCCAGUUUUCACCAGGCUCGAUUGCUGGUCAAGAUCGCCUUACGUCAGGUCGGCUCUAUAUAUCAUCUUGUUCUUCGCAAAUCGACGUUGGAGAAGCUCGAGGAGAUAUAUCGAACGGGCGACUUCGACUGCACUAUCAAUCAAUGCAAGUUCUUUGCUCUGUUCGCGUUCGGGGAAGCUUACUCAAUGAGAGCCGAGCCCUCAUCUGGGUCCCGAGUGCCGGGGACCUCGUAUUUUGCGCGCGCCUUGAGCUUGGGGCAAGUUUUGCCCGAACGAACAAGUAUCACACACCUAGAGACUCUAUUGCUACUGUCCCUGUUCUCUUACUACCUUAACCGACGUCAUUCGGCCCUGGUGUUAAUAGGAACCGCCUUGCGCCUGGGGCUGUCGAUUGGGUUGAACCACAAUAUUCCUGAAUCGCAGCUAAUCGACCCCGUGGAGCGUCAACACCGGAUCCGGAUAUGGUGGACGAUAUACAUCUUCGAUCGCAUGUGGGGAUCUAAAAUGGGCCAUCCGUCGCAGAUCUCCGACGAUGACAUCCACUUGGACAUGCCCUCCAAUAUCAGCCCAGUACAGCUGCAUGAGGAACAAUUCACAGAUACAGAAUAUCUGGCAGCUAAUGUCAAACUUGCUCGAAUCGUGGGCGAGACCAUUGCAAAGCUAUAUAGUCGACGAAAAUAUAGCGAGACAUUUCUACAACGGGUGCAGAAACUGCUGAAGGCGUUGAAAAACUGGGUGGAAACGCUACCGGAACAUCUUCGCCUUAACGACGACGAUCCGGGGGCCUAUAUGAAACAUAUCAGCUCUCUACAUCUUUCUUUCAACCAGUGCGUCAUACUGACCACUCGGCCAACGCUCCUACACCUUCUCAUGAAACUCAACGAGGCCAACUCCCCAAGCACCAACCACGAAAGUAUCUCUCAGCCCGUCCUAACCCUCGGCGAAGCCUGUAUCCACGCUGCCCGCCACUCACAUACCCUCAUCCUGACCAAAUGGAUCAACGGCUCCCUCCCAGUAUUCGGCUACUUCCACGCACACUAUCUCUUCUCCUCGGCGCUCGUACUCGCCAUGUCCAGCUUCCUUCCAAUCGGCAGCCCAUCCGACCUGGGAGCAUUCGAGUCCGGUCUGGAGGUGCUCCGGUCUAUGAGCGAGAACGGGAACCUAGCGGCAUCCGAGUUCUACCACAACCUAGAACAGGUGAAGCAGUGUCUCGACCUACGUAAAUCAAAAGAACCCAGAUCCACUUCGAUCGCCGGCCAACCAAGCACCACCGCAUCAGGCUCGGGCCCAACGAUCCCGUCUACCCUCCCCGCGACGGUGUCCGCAGUGACCCCCGCCACGACCGUCCCUGUUCCCCCUUUACUCACAACAGCGGAGGCCGACCUGAUCAGCAAUAACCCGGGGUAUAGCCAUGCUCAAGGUAGCAAUCCCACCGUACCCCCAGGCAACCUGACCUUCCCAACGACCGCAGGCGGAAUCACAACAGCAAUGGCGUUCCUCGAACCAACGAUGCAGGACUUCCUGGCUCAAUCGGACUUUGAUCUGGGAUUGCUACAUCCCGUAGAUACAUUCAUGAACGACGAGAAUCUGUACACAUGUCAUGGCUUAUAA